AUGAAAAGAAAGGCUUCACUGGAGGGGGCCACCACCCCCAAAAGACACCAGAAGCAGAAUGUCCUGGACAAUUCCGACCUGAUCUAUGAGGAGACUCACUCCGAUGCCGAGUACUCGGCUCCUGGUACUCCAAGCUUAAUGAGCGAAGACAUGGACGACUCUCCGGCGACCCCAUUCUCGGCCACCUCUUCCCGACCUGACCGAUACCCAUCCGAGCUCAAAAACCUACGUUGCCCAUUCGAGGGGUGCGAUAAGGCCUUCAAUCGUCCGGCUCGACUGCAGGAGCAUAUCCGAUCACACAACAACGAAAGGAUCUUCAAGUGUGAGGCUGACGACUGCGACAAGACAUUCUUACGUCUUUCCCAUCUUCAACACCAUGUCAAGAGUGCACAUACAGAUGUUCGAGAAUACGUUUGCGACUACCCGGGUUGUGAGAAGAGCUUUGUGAACGGUUCACGUCUUCGCCGACACAUUGCUACGCACGAUGGAAAGGACACUUACCGCUGUACCGAGUACGCACCUUGCGACGAGACAUUCCGGAAGCACUCGACGCUACAGAAACAUGUCAUGGUUGUCCACUUGAACCAGAAGCCAUAUCCUUGUACUUACGUGGACCCAUCCACCAAGGAGAAAUGCAACAUGGCUUUCGACAAGGCUGGCAAUCUACGGACCCACGAGAGCAGGGUCCAUUCCGAGAAGCGAUUCACUUGUGCAGAAUGCGCCGAAAGUAUGGAAACCCAAUCAUCAGAUAUGGCCGACGACAGUACAAGACAGGAUGUAUCAUUCCCCACGUAUGCCAGCUUACAAAGCCACAUUCGAAUUGUUCAUCCUCCCUCAUGCCCCGAAUGUCCAUUGGUCUGUUCCACAGCACGGGGGCUACGGCGCCACCUCGAGAUAGCCCAUGGCAACGUCACUCUUGAAGAACGAAAGAUCUUCCCCUGCAACAUCCCCGGCUGCGGGCGCAGCUUCACCAAGCAAGGCAACCUGACUGUCCAUGUUCGCACAUUCCACGAAGGCGAAAAACGGUUCGCCUGCGGCGAAACGGAUCUUUCAAAAUCCAACAAGCUAGAGGGGUGGGACGGCGUCGGUUGCGGCAAGCGCUACGGCAACAAGCUGACACUCGAAGACCACAUCCGCACGGCACACUUGGGUCUCCCGAAUGCGAGGAAACGGCGUCAAGCGAAGACAAAUAAAAAACCAGCUCAAAAUUCCGUCUCUACUCUUUCCGCUCUCACAGGCCAAGGCUACGCCGAGGAAACAGGACGACAGAUCGCCUGCUUUUACCCGGAGUCAUGCCCACAUCGUUUCCAUCGCAACUACGAUUUGUGGGUUCACAUGACCACCAAACACAACUGUACAGAAGACGAGGUCCAAAACCUCUUCAUGCAGCGCGCAUUGCUUACCGAUGAAAUCGGCCCUGGAGUCAACUCACUGGGUAUCUAUGGCCUUGGAUAUGAUCAGGAUGGUCAGUCCUACCACCAACAAUCCUAUGCAGGAGACAACUCCUCGGAUGUUGCUUUCGGCUCACAGUCGAACGAUUCGUCCUAUCUCCCUAGUCGGCCGGGCUUGGAUUCUGAUUAUUUGAUGCAAGACGAUUUUUCAGCGAGGACAGCCGGAAACAUUGAUUCUUUGAUUCCUGAUGUUGAUUCUAUGAUACCCAGUCGUAAUCAGACGGCAUUGGUUGACCCUGUUAAUGCUUACCAUGCGAUGGAACAGUGA